CUUUCAAAAGAGGAAAGAAAAAGUUUCUUGAGUUUCCUUGAAGUGUGUGCAGCCCGCGGAGCUCGACCUGAGAGCAGAGAGACGCUGCACUGCUGGGCUACCUUCCUCUAAGGGAUCUCGGCCAGGAAGGGGACUUUUGUGGUUUCCCUUAAAGACCAACAUGUCUUCGCCUAGGAAAAUGAAGGAGGAUUUAAGCUCUGAUGAAGAGAGCUCUGGGCAUCCUCUCCAUUCCCCAUCGGAGGAUCACAAGAUCAAGGUUUCCAGCCUGCCCUUCAGCGUGGAAGCCCUCAUGGCUGAUAAGAGGAUUCCUAAGGAAGUGUCCCACCUACGUGGCUUGGAGGCUCCAGGAGCAAGUAGCAACCCAAGACACCUGCACCUGGGGGUCGGGAGCAGAGAGAGUCCCAGUCCUCCAGGGGUUACAAAAAACUUUGAAACUUCAUCUGUGAAAUCAGAAAACUCAGAAGAUGGGACUGCAUGGGCCAAGGAAGGAGGCAGCUACUCCCCUCCACCAAGACACCUCAGCCCCUCCACCUGCACCCUGAGGAAGCACAAGACCAACAGAAAGCCCAGAACUCCAUUCACCACUUCCCAGUUAUUGGCCCUGGAACGUAAAUUUCGCCAAAAGCAAUAUCUUUCAAUAGCAGAAAGAGCUGAAUUCUCAAGUUCAUUGAACCUAACAGAGACCCAAGUCAAAAUCUGGUUCCAGAACCGGAGAGCCAAAGCCAAGAGACUUCAAGAGGCUGAGCUAGAAAAGCUCAAGAUGGCAGCCAAGCCUAUGUUACCCCCUGGUUUCAGCAUACCCUUCCCUAUUAACUCCCCCUUACAUGCUGCAUCACUAUAUGGAUCGUCCUAUCAGCUACACAGACCGAUGCUUCCCAUUCCACCUGUAGGACUUUAUGCCACUCCUGUUGGAUACAGCAUGUAUCAUUUAUCUUGAGAUGACUCUGAGCAGAACAUGGAGAUGGACCAGCCUAUAAAGUACUUGUUGGGUCUGACUGUGGCCCUUACCUGCACCAAAGACCCCGUUGAUCACUCUGUGGAUAUCAUCUCACCCUUGUGGUGUAGACCUGCUCUCACAAGUGCCUUAUAGCCUGUGUUGCACAUAGACCAGCCAUACAGUGGGAUACUGAGAGACACUAUGUAGCAAAGGAGGAGAAGUCCUAGUAUUAUUUUACAGAUCGUAAUUUAUAGUAGGGUUGUAAUAGAUGCCCCUAUCACUACUUACCUUCACAUUAAGGGAGCCAUUGGUGUAAGAUGUAUAUAGUAAGGACAAGUCAAGAAGGAACCAUAGAUUCCUCAAUCAGGUUGAUGUCUGAGGACAAGUCUCAUUCUUGAGCAAGCGUUAAAUAAUGUGCCUUAUGGAUUCCUGGUGCCUGCCUCACACAGAUUAUCUAUGGUUUAAAUUACCAAUAUAUUCACAGUUGUAUUUACUGGAGGGUUACUAUCACCAUUUUAUUGAUUUCAGCCACUGCUCGGCCUGUAGGCACCUCCAGAGGUGAGGAACCAGUUCUACAAUAACCAAAUCAAAUGAUGUUGAGUAGUUCUUACAUUUUCUGUUUCACUGCUGAGAUUCACGAACCACUGACCCGUUUUUUCUCAUUCUCAUCCCUUUGUAAGGGACAUGUGUAAAAUGGUAUAUAUUUUAUUAAAGAGUUAUAAUUCCAUAUAUCUCUUAUUUGUAAUUAAAUUAAAAAUGUUGUUAC